AUGGCAAACACUAACAACUUCUUAACCCAACUCUUAAAUUGCACCCCAAAAAAACCAAAUACUUUAUUCACCAACCUCUACCUUCUCUCCUUUGCCACCUUCCUCUGCACCCUCUUUUACUUCCUUGGUCUAUGGCACCACUAUCCCACCACCACCAUCGCCGCCGCCGCCACCACCUCCUCUUCCCUCUGUUUCCACAGUAAUUCCACCACUACCUCCUCUGCCGCCGCCCCAUCAUUCGCCAACCUCGACUUCGCCGCCCACCACAACCUCCCGGACCCGCCGCCCUCAGCUGCGCGUGGGCCGCAUCUCCCUCCCUGCGCGUGGUCCUUCUACGAGUACACUCCCUGCGAGGACCAGCAGCGUUCUCUCCGCUUCCCGAGAGCCCGACUCGCCUACCGUGAGCGGCACUGUCCGCAGGCGGCGGAGGUCCUCCGGUGCCGGAUUCCGGCGCCGUUCGGAUACCGACAGCCACUGCGGUGGCCGGAGAGCCGCGACGCGGCCUGGUUCGCGAACGCGCCGCACAAGGAGUUGACAGUGGAGAAGAAGGGGCAGAAUUGGGUCCGGUUCGAGGGGGAGCGGUUCAGGUUCCCCGGCGGUGGCACCAUGUUUCCACGUGGCGCAGAUCGCUACAUCGAUGACAUCGGAAAACAUAUUAAUCUCCGAGACGGGUCUAUUCGAACCGCUAUCGACACCGGUUGUGGGGUACGUUCGUGUUAUUUCUUCACUGGAAUCCGGUUCGGCUCUUCCUGA